AUGUCUAGAGAAGAUCCAAUUAAAGCAGAAAAAGAUUUCUCAGCUACUUUAGAUGAACAAUUUCCAUUAAUUGAAAAAUUACCUGAUUAUAAACAAAAAUUGGAUAAAUAUUUGGUAUUGGAAAAACAAACUAGACAGUCAUCAGAUUUAGCUUCUUCAAAAAGAGUUAUCGAAAAAAUUGUAUCUACAUUAAUAAACAAUAAUGAUUGGGAUUAUUUAAAUGAUUUAAUUACUUUAUUAUCGAAAAAACAUGGACAAUUAAAAUCGUCAAUUCAAUAUUUAAUUCAAUUAAUUAUUGAAAAUUUAGUAAAAUUAGAAAAUAUAGAUUUAAAAAUUAAAUUAAUUGAAACUAUAAGAACUGUAACUGAUAAAAAAAUAUUUGUUGAAGUUGAAAGAGCUCAUGUUUCAAAUGAAUUGAGUGAAAUCUAUCUUGAAAAAUUUAAUGAUUUAGAUAAAGCAGUUGAAAUAUUAUGUGAUUUACAAGUUGAAACUUAUUCAUUAAUGCCAUUUCAAGAAAAAAUUGAAUAUAUUUUGCAACAAAUUAAUUUAACUUUACGUAAAGGUGAUUAUUCACAAGGUAAAAUUUUAUCGAGAAAAAUUUUAUUAAAAUCUUUAAAAGGUUUUGAAAAAGCAAAUGAAUAUAAAUCGAUAUAUCUUAAAUAUUUAAUUGAUAUAAAUACUUUUGAAUAUGAUUAUAUUGAAAUUGUUAAAAAUUAUUUAUUAUUAAUUGAAAUUCCAAACAUUGAAACUUCAGAAGAUUAUGAAAAUUAUUUAAUACUGAUUAUAUAUUAUAUAAUAUUAUCGCCUUAUGAUCCACAUCAAAAUGAUUUAAUUUCAAAAAUUAAAUUAAAUUCAAAAUUUAAAAAAUUAGAUUCAAAAAUUGUUAAAUUAUUAGAUAUUUUUACAACUGAUGAAUUAAUUCAUUGGUCAAAUAUUGAAUCAAUUUAUAAAAAUUAUUUUAAUAAUAGUGCUGUAUUUAAAGAUGAAAAAAAUUAUAAAAAUCUUCAAAAAAGAAUAAUUGAACAUAAUUUAAGAGUAAUUAAUAAAUUUUAUCAAGUUAUAAAAUUAGAAAGAUUAAGUUAUUUAUUACAAUUAUCAAUUGAAGAAUCUGAACAAUAUGUUAGUGAAUUGGUUAAUAAAGGUAUGAUUGUUGCUAAAAUUAAUAGACCUCAAGGUAUUGUUAAAUUUGAUAAAUUUAAACAUAUAGAAGGUAGUGAUCCAAGAACAAGUGAUAAUCAUAUCAAUGCUUUAUUAAAUAAUUGGUGUUAUGAUAUUGAUAAAUUAUUAGAAGAAGUUGAUUCAAUUGGUCAUUUAAUAAAUAAAGAAGAAAUGAUGUAUGGUCUAAAACAAAAAGCAUGA